CCCAUGGGCGGGUGUGUGGGCUCCCACCACGACUCCUCGGGCAGCCUCAACGAGAACUCGGACGGCACCGGAGUGGCUCUGGGUCGGAACCAACCCCUGAAGAAAGAGAAACCCAAAUGGAAGAGCGAUUACCCCAUGACGGACGGGCAGCUGCGCAGUAAGAGGGAUGAGUUUUGGGACACAGCCCCAGCUUUUGAGGGCAGGAAGGAGAUUUGGGAUGCCCUCAAAGCUGCUGCCCACGCCUUUGAGAGCAACGACCACGAACUGGCACAAGCCAUCAUCGACGGCGCAAACAUAACGCUGCCCCAUGGUGCUCUUACGGAGUGUUACGAUGAACUGGGCAACCGCUACCAGCUCCCCGUCUACUGCCUUGCCCCACCCAUCAACAUGAUCGAGGAGAAGGGUGACCUGGAGACUCUGGAUAUUCCUGACCCCCCUCCCAACUCUGGGCACGAGUGCCAGCUCCGCCUGCGCCUGUCCACGGGCAAAGACCUGAAGCUGCUGGUGCGCAGCAUGGACACCGUGUACCACAUGAAGCGGCGGCUGCACGCCGUGGAGGGAGUGGAGCCGGGCAGCCAGCGCUGGUUCUUCUCUGGGAGGCCCCUGGCAGAUAAAAUGAAACUGGAGGAGCUGAAAAUCCCAAAGGACUACGUGGUGCAAGUCAUCGUGAGCCAGCCCUUAGCAAAUCCCACCCCGGUGGAAAACUGAUUUCUGCUCGUUCUGGUGGUUCUUCUCUCCUGCGUCUCUGUUGUGGGGUUUGUUUUCAGUGCCCUCUCUUCUCUUUGGGGUUGUCCUGCUCGUGGAUGGGUUGCAAGAAAUGACCAGCAAAAAAUUCCAUCUGUGAUGGAGAUCUGCAAAAACGUAAAAAUGUAACCUGGCCUCUGGGGUUUGCCUGAUCUCGUAUUGAACACGACAGCAAGAGCAGCAGGGCAAGGGCAAAGGGAAGGGAAAAGAGGGAGGGAAGAGAUUGUUCACUUAAUACAGACAUCUAAUGAUCCUGAAACCGUCAGUGGUGUCCUGAUCCCUGAGGCCAGAGCAACAGAGAGCACUUUUAUCUAAAAAAACCGACUUUGAACCGAAUCAAAUCUCCAGUUGUGUAUCAGCAGCACACACAGUUCCUGCAGGAAGGAGCCGGGCACGGGGAUCCCUCCGGCUCUGACGAGGCACAGCCAGCCCUGGGCAGUGGAGCUGGGCUGGGCUUCGCUCUCUGGCAGCUCCUGGUGAUGCUCAGAGCGAGCAAUUGUACAUUCCAAGGUGGCAGUGCAGCCCUGUGCCACUGCUGGCUCAGGCAAUAACUCAGCCCUGUCUGCUCUGUACUGUAAUUUCCUGCUCCAGCCCUGACUCAGCCUCAGUUCCUGCCCCGUGGGGGGCUGUGCCUGCUGAGCUCCUGUCCCUCGGAUCCCGGAGAGGCUGAGCCCAGGUGAGCCAUGAGGAGCAGCCCCCCUGUCCCACAGCAUCCCAAAGGGACUGAAUUCCUGCCAGGAGCCGUGGGCUGCAGCUCCCUGUGCUCCCCUGCAGGGCUCAGAGCAUUGCAGGUGCAUUGCAGCUCCCCUGCAGGGCUCAGAGCAUUGCAGGUGCAUUGCAGCUCCCCUGCAGGGCUCAGAGCCUGCAGCUGGUGAGGAUGCUGGCAGCCUUUGGGGUGUCACUGGGAGCUGUGGUGACUCUCCAGGACAGCUGGAGCUGUCCUCACCCGCACAGAGCCUGGCCCUGGGCUCCCCCAGCCACUGCUUUCCCUUCAGAAUGUAACAGGGGCCCUUUCAGCACAUGACAAAUCCUUUUGUAGUCUCACUGACCUUUUUUGGGGCUGGGGGAUGCGGUUUGUUCCCCCAGCUGGAGCUGCUCUGUGUCACUGUGGCUGCUCUGCUCCCCUGCCUUUGGUGGAGGUCGAGGCCCUGCUCUUUUAAUCAUCAUUUCUGUUUGUUUGGGGUUUCAGCCAUCAUUGAAAUCACUUCUUCCAAAGUUAAAUGUGCUCUUAAUAUGGGAAAUAGCAGAUUUUCUAUAUUUUUUUCCCCUGGUUUCUGUCCUCCCUCUGUGAAUUAAGUGAAACCUGGGGAUUCCCAUGACAAUUUUAAACUUCUGCUCCUUCAAGUCAUUCCACAGAAAUCAAAUUUGGCACUCAGAAACUCUGAGUUUGCACCAGAGUCAGGAUGAUCAGGGACAUCCAGCAGGUGGAAGCAGAAUUUCAUUGAUGGCUGGGAAACAGAGCCACGUUUUGUUUGCAUUCCCCACCCCACCCAACUACAGCUUUUUUUUGGUCCUCAUUUUGUACCAAACCUGGGAGUUUCUGACAGCUCCACUGGCCCCUCUUGGUACAGGAUGCCUGAAAUGCAGUGGCACAGCUGUAGAAAGGAAAAUCCCUGUUCUCAUAAUCACCAAAGUGACUUGCUUUGCUUUCCUUUUUUCUCCUUUUUUCCUUUAUUUUUAAAGGUGAAAGUGAGCUGAUCAAUACUAACCUAGAACAAGUUUUCUAUCGUGGAGGUUUUUUUUUUUAAUGCAAAUUUGAUUUACUGUACUUGAGGUUUUUUGCAGCCAAACCUUUUUGCAUUCCAGGGGGAGGGGGAAAUAUUUGCUACAUAAACAAGUCAAAAAUCUCUCUUGGGUUUUCUCUGGGCAAAGGAUGGGUUCAUGCCAGGAGGACACUACUUGUCUUAUAAAGCAUAAUUGAUAUGUCUGGAUAAAUGCUCUUUAUGGUGUCCUUUCCCUGCAGCCCCUCCUGGAAAGGGGGAAAAUUCUGAUGGAUUAAGGAGGAGCAAACCUGGAGCUGUGAACACUAAAACACUUUUUUAUUAUUAUUUUUGUAGGAUCCUUUUUUUUCUUUUAUUAUUUUUUCUAUUUUCAUUCAGGCAAUUUGUCACCAGGUGCUGGUUUGGAGAUGCAGGGGCUGGGAUUUGCUCCUUCUUCCCCUCUGAGCUGGAAAAGGCUCAGUUUUCUGACACUGUUCCAGAUGAUCAUGUUUUAUAUUAAUUGCUUUUAUGGCAGGGAGAAAAGGUGGUGCUCUGAAGGCCAUGUUGUGAGUGGGUUCUAUGUAGAAUAGAGACUUUGUUCAUGAAAAUUCUCUUUAACAGCCUCCCCCUCCUUAAUCACAUAUCAAAACCUGAAAGAAUUCAAUGGUAAAAUGCUUUUAGAGGUGACAGUGAAGACUUUGACCCUCUGUAUAAAGUGACAGCAGUACUGAGCACAUACUCUGCAAGAAACACAAUUUUACAAGAUUUCUAUUAGGAAAGAACUUUACAUUUCAAAACAAUCUGUUAAAAAUAUCAGUACAAGGCUGUAAAAGCACAUGGCUGACAGGGCCACGUAUAGAACUGGAAAUUGUGACAUAACAGAGAACGUUUGUGUCUCAAAUGAUUGAGUUUGCCCUAAAAGUUGGGGUUUGGUGCAGAUUCCAGUGUGGGAGAGAAGCCUGGGAGUGUGGGGCGAGUCUGGGGGCUCAGGGGGUGUCCCCUGAGGGAGGGGAAUUUAUUUGAGUGCAGGGCAUGGCACAAACCAGGGGCUGUCCUGUGGGGCCUGGUGGCUGCUCAGGAGAGGAUGGAGAACCCCAGGAGAGGAUGGAGAACCUCAGGAGAGGUUAGAGAACCUCAGGAGAGGAUGGAG